AUGGCAGAAACUGGAACAUUUUGCAUUGAAUCUUCAAGAAUAUUUCCAGGCGGAAAUACUGCUGUGUCUAAUGAUCAGGAUCUCGAAAACCAAGCUUCGAUAAAACACAAACUGCCUAUGAAACUAGAGAGAAAGGAAAAGUUGGUGAGAAUAAAUGAACAGGAUGAAGAAAAAACAAUAAAUCAACCUGAUGAAAAAGAUCUUUCGACAGGUGGCCAAGUUCACGUUUUAACUGACAAUCAGGAGAAUUACGAAAAUAACAAUUCGAAAAAAUGUCAAUUCUUCAAACGUUGCUGUCCAAAUGGGCUGAUUAAGAUGUGUCUGAGUAAAGGUGAAGAUAGACAGGUUGUAGCUCUCAUUAAAGAGCUUAUCGUAUAUUUGAUUUUUUUGUCUCUUCUUUCUACAACACUUGAUUUACCUCCUACAAGUGUUAAUGAACUGGAAGUAGAUCUAAUAAAGAAGAAGUUUGCAGAGCACGUGAUGCUAGAUGCCUUAUAUUGGGAUACCUGGUACAACGAAAAAACCACAGUGGGUAAUGAACGAUCUAUACUCUACGUUAACCGAUUACUAGGAGCGCCUCGAUUACGCCAGUUACGAGUGCGCAAUAACUCUUGUAUAAUUCCUGACGAAUUUAAAAGAGCUAUUACAGACUGUUACAAUGUCUACUCUUCCAAGAACGAAGAUACUCAAUCGUAUGGAGUAUAUGAUGGUACAGCGUGGAAUUACAACAGUGCUGAAAAGCUGGGGGGAUCCAACUACUGGGGGAUGCUGGCCUGGUACGGAAAAGGAGGUUUCUAUGUUGACCUAGGGGUCAAUAGGUCGAAAACAGAAGAGAUAUUAACGGAAUUGAAGUUGUAUCGGUGGAUUGAUCAAGCUUCUCGAGCUGUUUUCCUUGAUUUUACUGUUUACAAUGCAAAUGUCAACUUGUUCUGUGUUAUAAGGUUGGUAUUUGAAUUUCCACCUACUGGGGGUAUGAUACCUUCAUGGAAUUUUGAAACUUCCAAGUUGAUUCGUUAUAUCAGCAGCAAAGAUAUCUUUAUUGCAGCACUAGAAAUCAUCUUUGUGAUCUUCACCCUGUAUUAUUUUGUAGAAGAGUUACAGGAGGGAGCUAAAGACCUUGUUGGUUUCGCCGUUAUGUUUUCUAUUGUGUUUUUGGCAUAUGCCCAGUUAGGAUACCUAAUGUUUGGAUCUCAUCUGAUAGACUUUAGUUCUAUCAGUAACUCAAUAUUCACAUUACUACGAGUUCUUUUGGGUGACUUUGAUUUCUAUGCGUUGGAGGAAAUUCACGGAGUGCUUGGUCCCAUUUUCUUUCUCUCCUACGUGUUUAUUGUUUUCUUCAUCCUGAUGAAAUGGAAAACUUUUAAACGUAAGCUUACACGUAGUGAAGAGCUGAAAAUAAUGGAAGAAACACUCACUGAAAUAUCUGCCAAUGACAGAACCUCUCAUUAUGAAGAUGUGCAGAGGAUAUUGAAGAGGCGGGGCCUCGGUGAGCAACAGUUGAAAGAAAUAUAUGAAACUUAUGACCGGGAUAAGAAUUUAGUUCUGGAUGAAAAAGAAAUGCAAUAUGCUUUGAGCAACAUUAAAGAAAAGUUUGAGGAUAGUAUUAAAGAUGAAGAAGAAAUUCUCAACACAGAAUCACAGAAUUUAUCAAGAUGGGCACGUAGGAGAUAUUCGGGAAGAGAAUUUUCGACACUCUUCAAAUAG